AUGCUCCCAUCUAUUGCCAUAUGUAUUUUAUUUGCGACAGUCGCCUUCUCACAAAACACCGACUGUUUGGAUGGCUGUGUCUGCGACCAGCUCGAUGCGGUCAUACGAUGCGACCAUGGCAGCCGAACCAAACUUCAAAUUCCGGAAACGCCUCUUUACGGAUAUAAGUUUAUUGCUUUAACCUGCAACCAAAUUGUGAAGCUCCCCAGCGAGGGUAUCAUCAAAGCUGCAUUCCCAGAUAUUCAGGGCAUUGACGUGCAAGGAAAUGUCGAUUUCGCGUGUGAUCAGCAUGAUUUCCAUGAGGUCCCAAUCUUGAGCGACUGUGGAAAUGCUGAGCCUACGAAUUGCACUAUCAACAAGGAAUGCGAUUGGAAAUGUGCCAGCUACAACAAAAUGGUCGAGCUGUGGAAGCAGUUCAAGGAGUACGUCCAGAAAACUUAUGAGCACAUCGUCAACGAGAAGGGCCCCGAAUUCAAGGCCACCCUUGAACAGAAAUACGAAGAUUCCGGCGCAAAAGAGUUCGUGCACUCGGUCAGCUCCUGGUUCAAAAACGCCUUCAAGAGCUUUAAUCAG